AUGAGUAAGCUCAUUGACACAAUUGCCUCGGAGAUCGGAGAACUGAAACAGGAGAUGGUGCAGACAGAUGGCAGCCUGGAAUAUGGACAAGAACCCACAGAAACCUACAGCAUGGUAAGACACAAGGAUGAUGGUUCUUCUGAAGAGAAAGAUGCAAAAGCCUGUCCCCGGGAUUCUGGUUAUGACAGCUUCUCCAACAGACUCAGCAUUUUGGACCGACUUCUCCACACCCACCCCAUAUGGCUGCAGCUGAGUCUGAAUGAGGAGGAGGCAGCUCGAAUCCUACAGGCCCAGCCUCCAGGGAUCUUCCUGGUUCAUAAAUCGACUAAAAUGCAGAAGAAAGUCCUCUCCCUUCGCCUGCCCUAUGAAUUUAGAACUCCACUCAAGGAAUUUGCCAUAAAGGAAAGCACAUACACCUUUUCCCUGGAAGGCUCAGGAAUCAGUUUUGCAGAUUUAUUCCGGCUCAUUGCUUUCUACUGCAUCAGCAGAGAUGUUCUGCCAUUCACCUUGAAGUUGCCUUAUGCUGUUUCAACAGCCAAGACGGAGGCUCAGCUGGAAGAAGUAGCGCAGCUCGGAUUAAAUUUUUGGAGCUCUCCAGCUGACAACCAACCCCCAAACCCUCCACCUCCCCAUAGGCCUCUUUCCUCAGCCGGUGCUCAUCCCGCCUCUCAUCAGCUCUGCCUCAUAAACGGAGUACAUUCUAUCAAAACCAGGACGCCUUCAGAGCUGGAGUGCAGCCAGAGCAAAGGCGCCCUGUGCUUCAUCAAUCCUCUCUUUCUCAAAGUGCACAGCCAGGGUCUCGGAGAGAGCCUGCUGAGGCCCAGGGCGAGCACGCCCGAUGCCAAAGGCACCGAGAGGCCUCGGUCCCCCCCGCCCAGGCCCCCGCCGCCCACUAUUAAUAGUCUGCACACAAACCCUCAGCUGUCCAGGCCCGAGGCCCAAGCCAGCAUGCCAGAAACAGUCAACCAGAACAAACUCGGGCACGUAGCUGCGCCUGGAACGAAACCCACGCCCAUCCCUCCGCCCCGGCUCAAGAAGCAGGCUUCUUUUCUGGAGACAGAAGGCAGCACAAAGACCUUGACCGGGGCCCGACCUGGACCCUGCGACCGGCUUGGCCCCAGUCCCGAGCCUGAGCCUGCAACAGGGGACCAGCCCGCAGUUGGCAGCCGGUGGAGCCCCGAACACGCACCCUGCCGGGAGGAGCCGCUCAUCGCCUGCGGCCCAGGUGGUGGCGCCCCGCCCUCGGCCGCUCUAGGCGCCCUCUGCCGGUCGCGGCCUCCAGGCACCCAGUCCCCGCUCUGGAGCGGAGGCCGACAGAGGCUGAGCGACAUGAGCGUUUCCACUUCCUCCUCGGACUCUCUGGAUUUUGACCACAGCAUGCCUCUCUUCGGCUACGAGGUGGACACCAACAGCAGCGUGGAAGACUACGAGGGGGAGAGUGACCAGGAGACCAUGCCCCCACCAAUCAAGUCCAAGAAGAGAAGCAGCUCUUUCGUGCUGCCCAAGCUGGUCAAGUCCCAGCUUCGCAAGAUGAGCGGUGUGUUCAGCACCUUCAUGACUCCCGAGAAGCGGAUGGUCAGGAGGAUCGCCGAGCUGUCCCGCGACAAAUGCACCUACUUCGGGUGCCUGGUGCAGGACUAUGUCAGCUUCCUGCAGGAGAACCAGGAGUGCCACGUGUCCAGCACUGACCUGCUGCAGACCAUCCGACAGUUCAUGACCCAGGUCAAGAACUACCUGGCCCAGAGCUCGGAGCUGGACCCGCCGAUCGAGUCCCUGAUCCCUGAAGACCAAAUAGAUGUCGUGCUGGAGAAGGCCAUGCACAAGUGCAUCUUGAAGCCGCUGAAGGGGCACGUGGAGGCUAUGCUGAAGAACUUCCACAUGGCAGAUGGUUCCUGGAAACGGCUGAAGGAUAACCUGCAGUUGGUGCGGCAGAGGGACCCACAGGAGCUUGGAGUCUUCACCCCAAUCCCUGAUUUUGUGGAUGUGGAGAAAAUCAAGGUCAAAUUCAUGACCAUGCAGAAGAUGUACUCGCCAGAAAAGAAGGUCAUGCUAUUGCUGAGAGUCUGCAAACUCAUCUACACUGUCAUGGGGAGCAAUUCAGGAAGGAUGUAUGGAGCUGACGACUUCUUGCCUGUGCUGACCUAUGUCAUUGCUCAGUGUGACAUGCCUGAACUGGACAUUGAAAUUGAGUACAUGAUGGAGCUCUUAGACCCAUCCCUGUUACAUGGAGAAGGAGGCUACUACUUGACAAGUGCAUAUGGAGCACUUUCUCUGAUAAAGAAUUUCCAGGAAGAACAAGCUGCCAGGCUGCUCAGCUCAGAGACCAGAGACACCCUGCGGCAGUGGCACAGACGGAGGACCACCAACAGGACCAUCCCUUCUGUGGAUGACUUCCAGAAUUACCUCCGAGUUGCAUUCCAGGAGGUAAGCAGUGGAUGCACUGGGAAGACCCUCCUGGUGAGGCCAUACAUCACCACCGAGGACGUGUGCCAGCUCUGCGCUGAGAAGUUCAAGGUGGGUCACCCUGAGGAAUACAGCCUCUUUCUCUUCAUUGAUGAAACCUGGCAACAGCUGGCAGAGGAUACGUACCCUCAGAAAAUCAAGGCCGAGCUGCACAGUCGUCCACAGCCCCACAUCUUCCACUUUGUCUACAAGCGGGUCAAUAACAACCCUUACGGUGUCCUCUACCAGGACGAAGAUGACCUCACCUCCUCCUAG